AUGAAUUUAUUGAACGUAGCCAAAUAUCUUCUCUAUUUGGCUCAAAUUGAAUAUGGAUCUGAAAAUUCUGUGGCAACUAUUGAUGAAAUUUUUGAUUCAGAACAAUUGUUCGAGGUUUUAAAGUCAUUUAAAGAUAGCUACUUUAGUGAGCUGUAUGUUUAUGAUACCCUCGACUUCGAUGAUGAGUAUGAUGAAUUAACUGAUGGCGAAGAGAUCGAUGAUGAAGCUGAAGAAAUGGCGGAUGACGGAGAGAAUAAUGAAGAAACUGAAGAUUAUGAUAAGAAUGACCAUUCUCAUAUGAGAAAUCGUUUUACCACAGAAGAAAUGGAAAAGCCAUCAGUAACCGCGGUGAUAAAUAGUAUGGUAUUAAGUGGUUUCAAAAAUCGCGGUACAGCCAUCAGUAAUUGUGGUGGUAAACAACGCGUACAACCUGUUACAUCAGCUAAUGGUCAUUUAUUAGACAAGUUCUUACUCAUUCUUCAAGAGAAAGAAAAUCAAUUCGGUCAAAGAGUACAAAGAAAUUCAAUUGUAGCACCAAAUGUUGUAGCAAGAGUUUCAAAAUCAGGAAAAAGUAGCAAUGGAAAACAUCACGCUUUUUUAAAGAAAAUUCUACAUCCUUUGAUUGAUAAAAAGUUUCUUCUCUUCCUUGAUUUUUGGAAAACCCAAGCUGAUAUAACAAAAUUUAGAGCACAAUUUCCUAAUCAAAACAGACAAUUAUUGAUUUUUCCGGAAGGAUCAACAAGUUAUAUUCAACCACAAGAUCUUUCUUUAUGUCGUUCAUGGCGAUUUAUUCAUGAAAAAAUCGAACAUUAUAUUCAUAUCAAACGAACGGAAAUGACUAUAAAUGAUCGUCAAUAUUUCAUCAACAUGAAUUCUGUUAUUCACAAUCAAUUAUAA